CUCCGUAGGAAGCUGAAAUUGAGAAAGGAAACCGAGACUGUAGGAGAAGGGCAAUUAAGAUGUCGUUAAAAACAAGACGGCCGGUGCGGACAGCAGUGUAGAAGUUAGCAAGCUGGAGUGGGCAAUGUAGGUGCCCCAUCUGUAACCUAUGGGAGUCACCAGAGCGGGGGCGGAGUCCCAUGACGGCCACACCCCGUCCGCCUCCGCAGUCCUUUUACUGGAGAACCGCAGUAAAAGGCGGAAACCGCAGAGGCGUCUUGAUCUUCCGGCCCUGGGGUUAGACUGGCCGCAGCUGGAGAGGUGCCAGCCCGUCAUGGAUGGCUAGAGCCAGCCUCCUGCCUUCCGUCUUCCAGGCAGAACCACAGAGAGGCUACAGCCGUCCUGGCCUCCCUCCGGCCCUGAGAGCUCCUCUGGCCUGUCUCAAGCCUUAACGUCUCAAGCGCAGACUGCCGGCUCCGAACGGGGAGACCAGGCUUCUGCACCGGAAACAAGGCACCGGUUGUGACGUCACAGCCGCAGAGCGCCCGACCUCCCAGAAGGCACCGCGUCCCUGCCGUUCUCAACUGGCGGCGGCGCGAACGAAUAGUCGCCGGCGACCUGUGAGGGCACUCGGAAGGGCGAGGGGAGGGCUCGGCCGCUCGCGCCUAGUUUUCCUAUCUCUCCCGGAGCCUGAGUCUCUGAGCCGUCCCCAGCAAACGCUCAGGGGCUGCAGAGGCCCUGAGAGGUGAGGGGCUCCGUGAGGGCGGGAACCAGGCUGAGGCCGCCUCUGGGGAGCGGAGCGUGUCCGUUGCUGAGGGAGCAAGGCCGGGUAGGGAGCCUGGUGAGCGCCUCAGGCAGGGGCGCACGCUGAGCUUUACCGUAAAGGUGUUCCUUGACCAGCGGAAGAGGCCCCAGAGUGAGCCUGGCCCGGCGGUCCUUAGUGGGAUGUCGCCUGCCGCUCUCAGCAGAGCUUUGACGGCGGAGAGGAGUCGGCAGGCGGUGUGUGGACACCUCCUCGGCCUUGCGUCUGCUCCCCGGGAGAGUCACCAACCGCCUCCCCGCCCAAAGGGCACCGGAGGGAGCUUCGGUUCGAGGGCUUGGCUCUCUGGCAGAUUUCCUCUAGUAAGAGGUGGCUCUGGAGGCCCCGCGAAACGAGUGUGGUGUGUGGUUGCAAGGCAUGAUGGCUGCAAAAGUGGUUCCUAUGCCCCCAAAGCCAAAGCAGUCCUUUAUACUGAGAGUUCCGCCAGACUCCAAGCUGGGCCAAGACCUACUUCGAGAUGCCACUAAUGGGCCCAAGACCAUCCACCAGCUAGUGCUGGAGCACUUCCUCACCUUCUUGCCCAAGCCAAGCCUGGUCCAGCCCAGUCAGAAAGUCAAGGAGACCUUGGUUAUUAUGAAAGAUGUGAGCUCAAGCCUUCAGAACAGAGUGCAUCCUCGUCCCUUGGUGAAGCUUCUGCCCAAAGGAGUCCAAAGGGAACAAGAGACAGUGUCUCUGUAUUUGAAAGCUAACCCUGAGGAGCUGGUGGUCUUUGAGGAUUUGAAUGUAUUUCACUGCCAGGAAGAAUGUGUGAGCUUGGAUCCUACUCAACAACUCACCUCAGAGAAGGAAGAUGACAGCAGUGUCGGGGAAAUGAUGUUACUGGUCAAUGGCAGUAAUCCUGAAGGUGAAGAUCCUGAGAGGGAACCUGUAGAAAAUGAAGAUUAUAGAGAAAAGUCUUCAGAUGAUGAUGAAAUGGAUUCUUCCUUGGUCUCUCAGCAGCCUCCCGAUAACCAGGAAAAGGAACAACUAAAUACAUCCAUUCCACAAAAAAGGAAAGUGAGAAAUCUGUUAGUUACCAUUGAGAAUGAUACUCCUCUAGAGGAACUCUCAAAAUAUGUAGACAUCAGUAUUAUUGCCCUUACUCGAAAUCGGAGGACAAGGAGAUGGUACACUUGUCCACUGUGUGGGAAACAGUUUAAUGAAAGUUCUUACCUCAUUUCCCACCAGAGGACCCACACUGGAGAAAAACCCUAUGACUGUAAUCACUGUGGGAAAAGCUUCAAUCAUAAAACAAACCUCAAUAAACAUGAGCGAAUUCAUACAGGAGAGAAACCUUAUUCCUGUUCUCAGUGUGGAAAAAACUUUCGUCAGAAUUCUCAUCGGAGUCGUCAUGAAGGAAUCCAUAUAAGGGAGAAGAUAUUUAAGUGUCCAGAAUGUGGGAAAACCUUCCCAAAGAAUGAGGAGUUUGUGCUUCAUCUGCAGAGUCAUGAGGCUGAGAGACCAUAUGGUUGCAAAAAAUGUGGGAGAAGAUUUGGUCGGCUGUCAAACUGUACCCGGCAUGAGAAAACCCACUCAGCCUAUAAGACCCGAAAGCAGAAGUAAUACUGGGAACCCUUUCUGGGUCUGAUGGUGCUGCCUCAACCUGAGAGCUUUCAUAAGUAGUUCUGAAUUCCCAAGCUGCCUAAAAAGAUACAAAUGUGUAAAAACCUCAUUAUUGCCAAAAUUGGAUAAAUGCCCAUCUUAGCUAAAACCUCAAAUGGCUAGAAAAUUCACAGGGAAGAAAACAUUUCAAGGGCUAUACCUCAGCAUCUAGGCUUUUUGGACUAAGGAGCUUUCCUUUUUGAAGUUAUAUGAUAAUGUACAGGUCACAGAUCCCCUUUCCCAACACUUUGAAGAUGAAUCUGGAGUCUGCUUACUUGCAAGGCAAAGAGUGACUUGUGUCUAUUGAAAGUAUAUCCAUUUUCCCCCCACAUGGGGAUUCAUACUUGAGAAAUAGUGCAAAGAUGCUUAUCUGGAACUGUGUUCUGGUGAAAGAACCAAACUACUGGCUUGUUAGCCAACAGCUUCUGAUAGCAAUUCAUAUAACCCUCUAAGAAUACCUGUUUAAGUCUUGAGUGUUGAAAGGAAUUGUUUACUUUGGAAUAUAGGAAAACAGUUGAAUGUCAGACUCUCAUUUGUGUGUGAUCUAAAUUUGCAAUCAAUUUCAAUAAUAUUUGCAAUUUGUGAUAAAACUGACUUUUACAGAUUCCUUUUCACAACAUAAUUCAGGUGUCUACUGUUCUUAUUGUAUUUUGUUCAGCUGUUGAUCUCUCCAGCAGCCGUCUCAUGCCUCUCCCUUGCUAAAAGAAGUUUGGAUUACGCAGGCAGGGCCAUGCAGCCCCACCACUAGAAAAGCUCUUCAGAAUCUUGUCCCUCUGUUGAGCCCAGAUAUCAUGUGCUAGGAAGGAAACCCCAAGACCCAGAGAGGAAGGGUCAAUCUGGAGGCAGGAAAAAGUUGGCUUGGAUCUAUGUCUCAUCAAUAACCUUACCAUAUGCUUAGGUCCCCUCUAUGCCAUCAUCAGACCUUUGGCAAUGGGGUGGUCACUACCUCACAAGGCAAAGUGUUGUAUGAUUAGAAAUUACGUCUCCAGUGGUUAGCUCACAUUGCCUCUCAAGAGACAGGUUUCCAGGUGUCUUCAUUGUAGUGGGUAUUAAUUGUCUUCAGCCUCUUGAUAUCCAUACCUUCCUGUCCUCUGCCUAGAAGCAAGGCCAGCGGUGCCUUUACGGGACUGAUCGUGUGGUGUGAUUUAGGGAUUCUUCAGUUUUGCUUGCUUUAGGUUUCCAAAAGUUAUACAUUGGUGUUUUGAUUGGAAUAAAGAAAUCCUAUAAGCUAUUUGGGAAAAAUUAUAGUGUAUGUUUCCCAUCCAGAAACUUGCCUUUCUGUUUAUUAGAGUAUUAUAUUCCUGUGAAAAUUUUUCUAAUUUUCUUCACUUGUUUUACACAAUUUUGUUAUUGUAGUUUUUUCCAUUAUAUUUUUAUAGUUGAUUAUUGCUUUUACAUGGGAAAGUUAUUUUUAAUUAUGUAUUUGUAUAACUAGUCACCUCACUGAAUGUUGUUAAUUUUCAAUAGUUUCUUGGUUUAGUUCUGUUAACAACUUUUGGUAAAAUGACACCAUCUACAAAGAAUAGUUUUGUUUCUUGC